AUGCCUCCCCUUUCUUCGUCUUCUUCUUCUUCCUCUUCUUCUUCCUCUUCCUCUUCCCCUUCUUCCUCUUUUUCCUCUUCUUCGUUUUCUUCUCCGUGUUCUUCUCUCUCUUCCUCAGCUUGUUCGCCAUGUCUUGCGUGCCAUUCUCCGGCAGCGCUCGGGCUGGCCCUUCCUCUCACAGCACAGACUCCAUGUCCGUCUCGCUUGGAGUAUCGCCAGCGCCUUCUCGGACGUCUGGGCCUUCCCUGCUCGGUUGCCUAUCUCCCGCUGAGAGAUCUGUCUCCGUGCCUGGUUCGCCGUCUUUGUGGGCAACUGAUUGACGCCUUCCGCAUUUGCUACAUGAGUGAUCAGGACCUCUACUUCGCAGACGCGGUGGCGCAGGAGCUCCAGCGCGAGGCCCGACACAGGCGCUCCCAGAGGCGUCGAGGCAGAAGCGGUAAGAAGGAUACACUCGCUGGAGAGACAGACGGCGCGGGUGACCGGGACGCUGACGGCAGUGUCUCGGGAAAGGGGAAGGAAGAAACAGACGACGCGCGAGGAAGGUGCGCCGUCGCGAAAACACGAGAGACACUGGCCGAAGGCAACGCGGAGUCGGGUGGAGAGGGGAAACAGAAAAGAAGAGAAGUGGGCGUGCCCCCCGUCGCCAUAGCUCCAGAGCUGUUUGAAGAAUGGGGACUGCUGGCAGGGUGUGAAUCGCCGUCGAAUCUUCGUCGCGCCCUCUUUGAAAUUCAGAAUCGUCUUCGCUUUCUCUCUCUCAAAAGUGGCGAAACGAACGACGCGGUCCCACCGUUUGAGGAAAGCGCGCUGGUGUCCGCAGCGCCACCGACCGAAGUCGACGGUUGCUCCGGCUCUUCUGGCUCUUCUCAGCCUGUCUCGAUUGCCGAUCGCGGGGCUUUGCUAUGGCCGUACGUUUGCCACAUGCAGCACCUGAUAAACCGUUUCUGCGCCCCGGCGAAUGUUCCCGUCGACGAGCAGGCAGAAGUCGACGUUCUCUUCACGAAGAAGUACCACGAAGAAGCCGCGAAACUUGGGGUGUACGUACACCCGGCGAUCCAGGUUGUGAAGAUUCCACAUGCAGGCCGGGGGCUGGUGAGCUCGGCUGCAGUGCCUGCUGGGACGACGGUCGUCGACGUCCCCGAGACCGCGAUGGUGAAUGUUUACGGAGGCCUGCGUGACCCGGUCUUUGCGCACAUCGUCAGGUUUCUGCUCACCUUGCGCCCUGUACAUACACCCGAGGAAUUCGGGUUCGACGACACGGAAGACGACCGGAGCCGCGAGGGCGAGUGCGCAGCAGGCGCCGACGCCACGGGAGGCCCAGGCAGCUCGCACGGCUCGUCCGGCUCGUCCACCUCGGCAGUUCCCCUGGUCGAUACCGACACAGUCACCCUGCUGUAUUUUCUGUUUGAAGUCGAGCGCGGGGACGCCUCCCGAUUCCGCUUUUUCUUCCAGGACAUGGUGCCUCCGCCCCGCGACGAAUCGCAGCAGCCGCUCCUCGUGGGCCCUCCAGAGAUCCCCGAGUUUCUCGGCGACACGCCACUGAUGCGGACGAUCGACGAGAGCCAUCUGAAGGCGUUCAAUCUCUUUCGGCGUCUCCUGCCAGUCCUGAAGGAGACCUUUGCCUCCUACGAAAAGUUUCUCGCCGUCUGCUUCCCCGACCAGGAGCAAGGAGACACAUCGGGCAGGCGUGCCGCAGAAGUGGGAGCGGGUGGCGAAGGCGCUCCUGAACGCAGCGAGGUGAGCCAGACGGAGAAGCGGAGACAGUGGGAAGAGAUCGCGGCGUUUCUCGGAUCCCUGGACCUGAAGAAAUUCAUCUGGGGCCAGAGUCUCAUGGGCUCGCGGGCGUUCGCCGUCAAAGUCCCACCCCCGGCCGCGUUUCCUGGGUGGAAAGUCGAGCUGCCGGCGGAGACAGAGGCCUCGAACGGCCUGCGGACCCGACAAGGCCCCGCCGACUGUGGGGAAGGGACAAGCGAGACGGGCCAAGAGUCGCCGGCGGAGGAGACGCACAAGCGAGCGAAAGUUUCGGAGACGUCCGUGGAGGACUUUGCGGCGUCGGCUGCCGCUCGUGAGAGCAACGCGGAGAACGGCGAUGCCGAAGGCUCAGACGAUGGCGAGGACGGCGACGAAGAUGCUGUUCCUUUCCUCCCUGAACUCCGCGACAAACGUGCACCUUCUUCCCUGUACCGAGCACGCUUUAACUCUUCCGGUGCGGGCGGCGGGGGAACGGGACAAGACGCGACUGGGUUGAUUUGCAUUCCGGAUCACCCUACGACGUUUUUGCUCUUUGCCGACAUGAUGAAUCACCACGUCCACUCUCAGUGCGCCUUUCCGUUCUUCGACUGCGCGACGCGAAGUGCCCGCAUGGUCGUGCAGGCUGACGUCCCCGCGCGCGCGCAGAUUUUCAUGUUUUACGGCCCGAUGCAGAGUUGGGAGCUCCUCGCUCACUACGGCUUCACGACUGCGUCCUUCUUCGGGCUCGCACCCGCGAGCGCGGCCGGCGCGCAGGGCGCCGGCGAGGCCCGAGAGAUGGAGAACUGUUGUGGCGCCUGGAACUUCACUCAAGAAAAAAUGGGCAAUCCGUAUGACACUCUAACGUUGUCGUUUGAGCCUCCUGACGACGACCCGGACGAAGAGACGAGGCGGCUGCUUCUGCGUCUGUUUGACGUGCCUCGCGAAGGCCUGCUGAGAACGGCACUGCCCCACUUUUCCACGCGUCUCCUCGACUGUUUGCGGAUUUCUCUGCAUCCUGAAGUCGACACACUCGUUGCGUCUCUGCACCGGAAGCGGCGGGCUGUCGAGCGCGAAGCGCGGCGCGAAGCAGCGGCACGGGCCGCACGACGCGCAGCGGAGACAGUGGAGCCGGGGGCGAGCGAGGGGAGGAAGGCCCGUCCAGAGCGCCAGAAUAACUGCGGACACGCGUCGGGAGGACAGCGAGUCUGUGCGCAUCAGUGGGCGUUAGCCACUCUCUUCAGAGAGGACGGCGACGCGCAUGCGGCGGAGACAGAGGAGAGCAGAUGUCUAGGGCGCUCAGGUUGCUCACAAGACGAAGAUCUCGAGAGCGAGAAGGAAGACACGCAGCCCGAAACAGAAGACACCGACUGGGAAGAGGAAGCGUUGGUGACCCAGUCGUGCUGCGUCCCGGUGGCGCAAACGGCCUACGAGCUUCUCGAGGCGCGGAAACAAGGCCUCCUGCAACUCGAGGCUUGGGAGUUGGACGAGAUGGAGCGCCCUCACUGGUACGACGCCUGGGCAGGCCGCGCGUCGGGUUUCCUCGAGAACCAA